AUGUUACUAUUAAAAGCUUGGAUUUUAUGUAUUUUACUUAUUGGAAUUAGUUCAAUAGGUUAUUGUUCAAUUAAACUCGAUAUUAAUGGUAGAGAAAGAGGCCAUAUAAAAAAUAAAAUUGAUUUGGGUAAUUUGGCAGAUACAGAUUUUUGUGAUUUGUUAAAUAAAGCUGUGAUGUUUUACAAAGUCCAACGUGCAGGUCGUUUACCAGAUGAUGAUAUUCCAUGGAGAGGUAACUCUGCAUUACAAGAUGCAAGUCCAGGUUCUCAACCAGAUGCAAAUGGUGAUGGUGAUCUUUCAAAGGGUUAUUUUGAUGCUGGUGAUCAUGUAAAAUUUGGUUUCCCAAUGGCUGGUUCAAUGACAAUGUUAGGGUGGGGUUAUCUUCAAAAUAAGGAAGCCAUUGAAAAUUGUGGCGCUUCUAAAAUCUAUCUUGAGGAUUUGCAAUGGGGCUGGGACUGGUUAAUGGCAGCCCACAUUUCUCCAAAUGAAUUUUGUGGUCAAGUUGGAAAUGCAGAGGCUGACCAUGCAUAUUGGGGCCCACCAGAAUUAAUGACAAUGCCACGUCCAACAAUGAUGAUCGAUCAAGACAAUCCAGGAACUGAAUUAGCUUUGGAAGCAUCCGCUGCCCUUGCUAUUUGUUCAAUGGUCAUGCAAGAUAUUGACCCAUCCUAUGCAGCCAAUUGUCUCCAGCAUUCAAAGGAUCUCAAUAACUUUGGUGAUACAUACCGUGGUAUCUAUUCAAAUAGUAUUCCAGAUGCUCAAAACUAUUACAAAUCAUUCUCUGGAUUCAAUGAUGAGUUGGUAUGGGGUAACAUUUGGUUAUACAAAGCCACACAAGAUAAAUCCUAUUUAGAUAAAGCUGUAAACUACUAUACUGAAUAUAAUGUUGGUAAAAUGGCUCAACAAGAUUCCCAUGAUUGGGAUCUUAAAGCUCCAGGUGCUGCAUUAUUACUAUCUCAAAUCUUCCCUGGUAAUCAAACUUAUAUCAAUGACAUUGAAGGUUUCUUAAAUUGGUGGUUACCAGGUGGAGGUGUUCCAUACACUCCAGGUGGUUUGGCUUGGAUUAGAAUGUGGGCACCAGCACGUUAUGCAGCAACAACUUCCUUCCUUAUGAGUGUCUAUGGUGGUGAUAAAUAUACAUCAUUCACAGUUAAACAAAUCGGAUAUAUCCUUGGAAAUAAUCCAAAUCAACAAUCAUUUGUAGUUGGUAUUGGUCCAAACCAUCCAAUUAAUCCACAUCAUAGAGCUUCUCAUCAUUCUUUAACUGAUAAUAUUAUGUCACCAGUUAAUAAUACUUAUUUACAUUUGGGUGCAUUGGUUGGUGGCCCAGGUCAAGAUGAUUCAUACAAAGAUGAUCGUACUGAUUAUGUUAAAAAUGAAGUAGCAUGUGAUUAUCAAGCUGGUUUUGUUGGUUCAUUAGCUUUUUUAGCUUCUCAACAAUAG